AUGCGUCCAAUCUCCAAAGCCGCUCUCCGGCCAUACGUCUGCCCAUCCUGCCGGCAUGUUGGUGCCGGUCAGCGCAGAUUCAGCUCUAAGCCAUCUGCCCCCGAGCUCUAUGAUGUCGUUUGUGUUGGCGGCGGACCUGCCGGUUUAGGUUUACUGGCAGCACUCCGAGCGAACCCUGUCACAUCAAAGCUCAAAGUUGCUCUCGUCGAGACCCAGGACCUUCGCAAGGCCCAGUCGUGGAACCUCGAACCAACUCAGUUCUCAAACCGAGUCAGCAGCCUGACUCCCUCAUCUGUGUCCUUCCUGCGCAGCAUUGGCGCCUACGACCACCUCGAUGUCACCCGCGUUCAAGACUACCAGGACAUGCAGGUGUGGGACGGCCAAACCGGAUCCCGAAUAUCGUUUGACUGGUCCAUGGAGACCUCCCCAUUCGAAGAUAUGCGCACGGUAGCAACAAUGACUGAGAACGCGAACCUAGUGCGCGCCCUCCUCCGCCGCAUCACCGAGUCCGGAGACGAGAAUCUCUCCCUCUUCUCCAACUCGACCGUCGCCUCCAUCGACAAUGGUUCCGAUCUCCAACCCGAAGGCCCGGACCUCUCAGCCUGGCCCGUCCUCUCCGUCAAGCCAACAGACCCGGCCUCCACAACACCCCCAAAGCAAAUCGCAGCCCGUCUCCUCGUCGGCGCAGACGGGAUCAACAGCCCCGUCCGCUCGUUCGCAGACAUUCCCACCCACGGCUGGGAUUACGGCCGCCAUGGCAUCGUCGCAACCCUCGCCCUAGACAGCCCAGCAACCCCACCUUUCCCAGCCUCAACGCGAACAGCCUACCAACGCUUCCUCCCAGCCCUAGGCGGCCCAAUUGCCCUCCUCCCACUACCAAACAACCACGCAACCCUCGUCUGGUCCACAACCCCAGAGCACGCAGCCUACCUCAAGUCCCUCCCAACCAAGUCCUUCCUGGCAAUGGUCAACGCAGCCUUCCGUCUGGACAUGACAGACCUAACUUACAUGAUGGGCAUGGACACCCCAUCCUCCACCACCGCCUCGGACUCGUCCCACGAAGACGAGCUCACCUGGCCAACAGCCCUCCAAGAAGGCACAGUCGCCUCCUUUCCCCUGCGCUUCCGCCAUGCGGCGCAGUAUAUCUCGCCGCGCGUCGCACUCGUCGGCGAUGCAGCACACGUCAUCCACCCGCUCGCAGGCCAAGGAUUGAACCUGGGCUUGGCGGAUGUGGCGUCUCUCGCGCGCACCAUCCAGUAUGCUGUCUCGCAUGGCAUGGAUGUGGGCGACUUGCUCACGCUGGAACGUUAUUCGUCGGAGAGAUACCUGCCCAAUGCUAAGAUUGGUGGGGCUUGUGAUCUCUUGCAUAAGAUGUAUACUGUUCCGGGGUCUGGGCCUGUUGCUUGGGCUAGGAGUUUGGGCUUGGAGACUAUCCAACGAUUGCCUUUCGUGAAGGGCUUCCUCAUGAAGAACGCUGAGGGGUAUUAG